AAUAUCUGUUUGUAAAGCUUGGAGGCAAGAAUCGUGUGGUGGAGGAACAUCAGCCUGUGAAACUUCGAUAUAGGGAGCGUGUUCUCCACAAGUUCAAUAUAUCUCUCUAACUUUCACCAACUUUUCUACCAACUGACUGCAUAGAGAAGACGCUAUUGAUGGCGAACAUUAUUGGAGUUGGGAUUCCGUUCGGCUUAUCAUCACCACCGCAUGCACUCAAGACAUCCACCAGAGUCGGCGGAGCUGCGACACAGUUCAGCCACUCCACACGGCGGAUGGUGGCGGUAAAAGCAGAGGUUGGUGGUAUAAACCCUGAAAUCAGGAAAAGCGAAGACAAAGUCGUCGAUUCCGUCGUCGUUACAGAACUCGCGAAACCCGUCACUCCUUAUUGCAGGUGCUGGAGAUCUGGGACUUUCCCGCUUUGCGAUGGUAGCCAUGUAAAGCACAACAAAGCUACCGGAGAUAAUGUUGGCCCUCUGUUGCUGAAAAAAUAUCAAUAA